AAUGGCGAUUUGUUUGUUUCAAAUAACAUCUAAAUUUAAUUAUUAGGUGAUUUCUGAAAAGACAUUCUAUUUUGCAAAAUACGUCUGCCUCUCUUAAAUUGUAAUGCUUCUUUAUAGUUUAGUUUUUUGUAGUAAAAAUAAUUAAAAAGUAAAAAGAACUUUUGUACAAAUCAUUCAGUUGUGUAUGUAGUAGUUUUUCAAUUAGUAAAUUUUUAAUCAGUAAGUGUAAGCAUAAGCAAAAAAUGAAACGCAGAUUCGAAACGGCCACUGCUUUAGUUUCCAAUUCUAAAGAAAAUUUCAAGAAAUUAAACAUUAAUUCCUCUAAAAAAUGGUUUCCUAACCUAACCUUCUUGGGCUCUUUGAAACUGCUGAAUUGAACCAGACCAGAGGUAGAAGUAUGAGUUAGAGAUGGCAACAGAUGUGAGAACAGUUCAUAUAAUACUACCAGAUGAUGACCAACUGGAGGUCAUUGUACAGCCGAAGUUAUAUACAUACGAGUUAUUGAAUCUCGUGUCAUCACACAAGGCGUUGAAAGAAAAAAAUUAUUUUGGUCUGUCCUACAGAGAUGAAAGCGGUCAUUAUCAGUGGUUGCAGUUGGAGAGGCGAGUGUUUGACCAUGACUAUCCGAAGAAGAUCGGCCUCAUCACGCUAUAUUUUGCCGUCAAAUUCUACGUUGAAAACAUACUGACUCUACCCGAGAUACCCACCAUACUCAUGUAUUAUCUACAAUCUCGACAGUCUAUCUACAAGGGCUUGUUGGAGACGGACAGUGAGACAAUAUUUGAACUGUCGGCUUACAUCUUGCAGAUUACAUGCGGCAACCUCACGAGUGAGUCAGAGUGUCGUCAGCACAUCAAACAGUUCUCGUUGUCGAGGAAAAUUUUAGAAGAGUACCCAUCACUUACCUACUGUGAAGAUCAGAUCAUCGGUUUCUACAGAAAACUUGCAGGCCAUACUUUCGGCACGGCUCUCAUAAAUUACAUGAGUAUUGUCGAGAGUCUACCCACGUAUGGAGUUCAUUAUUAUGCCAUCAAGGAUAAAGUCGGAGUACCGUGGUGGCUGGGUAUUAGUGGGAAGGGACUGAUGGUUUUUGAUAUUUUAGACAAGAAAAUACCUAGAAAGUUUUAUCCUUGGGCCAGUCUAGAGAACUUAUAUUUUCGAGAUAAGAAGUUUAUCAUUGAGGUUCUGGAGGCCAGUAACGUCAGCAGCAACAACAACAACAAUAGUAACCUGGAAAUUGUCGUCCACACUUGGCUGGCUACCUCCACGCAGCUAGCCAGAUCCAUCUGGAUGAUGGCCGUCAACCAGCAUCAGUUCUAUCUGGACAGGAAACACUUCAAGGUUAAUGUAUUAUUAUUAUUAUAA